AAAACAGGCAGCAGAAUGGUUUCGUCAGGGACAUGCAGAGUUAUACAUUCACUUGCAUUUCAACCAGCAGCUCAGCAGGACUGCUGAGAACCAUCGGACACCGGAUUCUUCCUGGUCAGAGUGAUGGGGUCAUAUCCAGCGCUGGCGUUCAUCCUGCUGUUUUCAGCUUCUCUGUCCUCCAGUUGUGAUGGUGGGAAAGUGCUGGUUUACCCUGUAGAUGGGAGCCACUGGCUAAACAUGAAAAUCCUGUUGGAGGCGCUUCAUUCUCAGGGCCAUCAAAUCACGGUACUACGUUCCUCCACCAGCUGGUACAUUUCCGAAUUCUCACCCCAUUACACCUCCAUCACUAUCACCCAGGAACAGUCCCAAAACUUAGAGAGCCAAGAAUUCAUGACCUCUUUCUUGAAGAGGUCAAUAGAGAUCCGUCGGAAUAAAGGCUCAGUGUGGGCGUUUUUUGAGUUUUAUAAAAACAUUUUCAACAUGAUGGAGGAGAACCAGAAAGGUGUGGCAAAACUGAUCGUCAGCAUCUUUGAGAAUAAGAUACUAAUUAAGGAGCUGAAGGAAACUGGAUAUGAUCUUUUUCUGACUGACCCUGCAUUUCCAGGUGGAGUGCUGUUAGCACACCAUCUCCAGCUUCCCUUGGUUUUCAAUGUGCGCUGGCUUUUUAAUGGCGAGGCCCACUUUGCCAUCGCUCCUUCACCUCUGUCCUACGUCCCUCAAUUGUUCUCUGACCACUCUGACAAGAUGGACUUUUUCGAGAGAGUCAAUAAUAUAAUCCGUCAUAGUAUGUUGGUUUACAUGUACCACUUUGUCAUAAAUCCGCCUUACCAGGCUGUGUGUGAUCAUUACUUUGAACCUGAUGUCAGCGUCAUGUCACUCAUCCAGGGAGCUGAUCUCUGGCUAAUGCGGGUUGACUUUACAUUCGAAUUUCCUCGUCCCACCAUGCCCAAUGUCGUCUACAUCGGAGGCUUCCAGGGUAAGGUCUCCAAGCCUCUUCAAUCAGAUUUAGAGGAAUUUGUGCAAAGUUCUGGUGAACAUGGGGUGGUAGUGAUGACUCUGGGGACCCUGCUGAGCGACCUCGGCCCUGAUAUAACGGAGAUCGUCGCCUCGGCAUUUGCCAACCUCCCUCAAAAGGUUGUGUGGAGACACAUCGGGAAAAGACCCAUCACUCUGGGAAAUAACACCAUGCUGGUUGAAUGGCUGCCUCAAAAUGAUAUACUAGGUCACCCUAAAACCAAGGUUUUUGUCACGCAUGGGGGUACUAAUGGAAUUUACGAGGCCAUCUACCAUGGUGUCCCAGUUCUGGGCAUUCCUCUCAUCUUUGACCAGAACGACAACAUGGUGCGUCUCAAGUCGCGGGGAGUUGCAGAGAUUGUUGACGUGACGACCUUGGAUGUUGAGUCUCUUACAAGUGCUCUGAAGAAUAUUCUAGACCCAGCUAAGCCAUACAAACAGAAUAUGCUCAAACUGUCACAUCUACAUCGUGACAAACCAAUGAAACCCAUAGACAGUGCAAUUUUCUGGAUAGAGUACAUCAUGAGGCACAAGGGCGCAGCACAUCUGCGCACUGAGGCGUACAAGUUGCCAUGGUAUGCCUAUCACUGUCUAGAUGUGAUGGCAGGUUUUGUAGCAUUUGGUUUGCUGAUCAUCGCUUUAGUUUGGGUUUCCUGUAGAUGUCUCAUUAGAUGUUUGAUAAUGACCAAGAAGUCCACAUCCAAGUCCAAGAACGAAUAGAUAACCUCAUGAUAAUGCAAGCUGGAGACUGUUAAGAGUAAGAUGAAACGGAUCCAAAAUUAACAGUGGAAAGGAAACUAUGGAAUAACAAAAGGAAGCCCUAUACAACACUUAUAUGAAUAUAUUGCAAAGUGUUGGAAAGUCUUAUUCCAUAACAGCUUUAAGAUGUUCAAAUGAUAAGCACUAUUCUCUCUACUGAACUAUCUUUUUGAAAACAUAAAUGGGUUCUUUGCAUAUUUCACACACUGCAUGGGAAUACGAAUUGCUGCGAUUUGAGUGUUUUUCAGGGGCCGAUUUAGUGAUUUGGGGGUACCAGGCAAAAGCUGUCUUGCUUAACUUUUCACUCUUCUCUAACUGUUAAUUUUGGUAUUGACUUUUUUUUUAAGCAAAACUAUUACCUAUUAAUAAUAAAACUAUUAAUACUGCACAGAAAAUACCUACUUUGUCUGUUCAAGGUGGACCUUUCAAUUCUUAUAUAAUGCUGGAUAGUCAAUGAAUAAUAAUGCAUGAUAUAAUAAUUGUAAUAUUUUGAGUAAGAUCUGAAUCUGCAACAUAACCAAUAAGAUUUCAGGAAGGCCACAAUUAGCAAUGUAGACGUCAUUGAACCUUUCACGGUACAGCUCUUGCUUUGACAAAACUCUUGAAACAGAGUUGGGGUUUCUGGCACAACUUCACCUACUUCCACGGGUCAUAGAAACUGACCGGCAGGCUGGCCGUAUUUGCCCAGUUGAAGCCGGAGGACCAUCACUGUGAAAAUACAAAGGGUUGUGGGCUUGGAGUAGCCACUCGACCUCGGUGCUUAAGAAGAUAGCAAAGUCCCAACACAGCCGGAGGGAAAUUCUCCAACAUUAUAACAUAUUUAUAUGGAUCGUACGUGGAUCAGUAACGUCCUUAUUCAAUAUCCGAUGAGUGAAUUACGUCAGUAUCGAAACCCAAUACCAAUAUUGGAUCAGAAUCCAAUCCUAGCUAAUACAAUGUCAAUAUUAUUUACAGUGUAUUAAUAGAACACUUACAUUAAAUUGCAUUUAUUUAGCUGACUUAUAAUAUAUAUUAUUUCACUGAAUACAUACAAGAAUAUUCUGGAUUGAUGUAGCCACCUUUCUAAAGAAGAAACAUGUAUGUUGAAAUAAAUAUGUUUGAUAAUAAUGCUUUAUUUUUGUCAAGAUAAGAUUGAAAAUAACAUGCUGGA